AUGAUUAAAAGUAAACAUCCACAGGUGGUAGUUAGAAGGAUGGUAUCUGCAUUGAAGUCGUACCAGUUUGAAACUAAAAAUGGUGAGCAUUAUGUUGCUAAGCAUCAGAAUGCUUAUUAUCAGUCCAAGAGAGUAAGUUUUAAGGGUGAAACGUUUUCAAAACAGGCGGCGUUGCCAUCAUUACCGGUUCCUGAGCUAAGUUCGACGAUUCAGAAGUAUUUGGAUAGUGUAGCCCCAUUGUGCAAGACUGAGGAGGAGGUUGAGAGACAGCGGUACUUGUGCUCGGAGUUUUUGAAGAAGCAGGGGCCCGUGCUGCACUCACGACUUUUGGAACAUUCCAAGGAUAAACGGAAUUGGAUGAGUGAGUUUUGGGAUAAUCAGUCGUAUUUGGAGUACAAUGAUCCUAUUGUGCCGUAUGUUUCCUAUUUCUUUGGCCAUAAGCCGUUGCCUAUUACUCAUAAGGCGAUUGAUGAGGAUUACUUGGUGAAGGCUACGGCAAUAAUUACUACUGUUGUGAAGUUUAUUGAGGUGCUAAAGGAUGAGGCUAUACCGCCUGAGGUUAUCAAGGGUUCUCCUUUCUGUAUGAAUAGUUUCCAGCUGAUGUUCAAUACGUCCCGUAUUCCUGGUAAGGGCCGUGACAGUAAUGUUUUCUAUUCUAUUUAUGAGAAUGAUUUUGUAACGGUUGCUUAUAAGGGUAAUUACUACAAGGUAUUUACUCAUGACAGCAAAACUGGGAAGCCACUGGCACCUGCCCAAAUUUGGAAACAGUUGUAUGAUGUUGUGCACAAGGUGUCUGCUUCUGUAAGAGAGGAUACCAAUGCUGGUGUUGGACUGUUGACUACGUUGCCCCGUGACGAAUGGCACGCUGCGUACUCAAGCUUGAUGACCAAUUCAUUAUCCCGUUCAUCCCUGGAAACAAUUCAUCGCUCGUCAUUUUUGCUUGCAUUGGAUUCUGAGCAAAGACCAAUCUCAUUGGAGGACAAAGCUAGAAAUAACUGGCAUGGUGAUGGUGUCAAUAGAUUCAACGACAAAGCCGUUCAAUUCUUUGUUUGUGGCAACGGAGUUUCCGGAUUCCUUGCUGAGCAUUCGAAGAUGGAUGGUACUCCCAACUUGUUUUUGAACCAGUAUGUUUGUCAGGAACUAUUGAACCUAGACCCUAACGAGUUUGCCGAUUCUAUUAAAUCCGGUUUGUCUUCGGAGGAACACCUUCCUGUUCACUUGCCAUUUGUUCUCACUCCAUUCAUCCAGUCGAUUAUCGCUAGCGCUCGCACUGCUUUCCAUGAAGUUAUUGGUGAGCAUGACCUCCGUGUGUGGAACUACAUUAGAUAUGGGAAGAAAACAAUAAAAGGCUUUGGGUUUUCUCCUGAUGCUUACAUACAACAAAUUAUACAACUGGCUGUUUACAAGUAUUUGGGGAAACAACUCCCAACUUAUGAAGCAGGCUCCACGAGGAAGUAUUUCAAGGGUAGAACAGAAACUGGCCGUUCUGUGUCCAGCGCCUCUGCUGAAUUCGUCAAAACCUGGCAAUCACCAAAGGCUACCCCAGCAGAAAAGAUUUCUGCCUUACGUGAAUCUGCAAGGUUCCAUUCCAAUUACUUGGCAAUGGCCGCUGAUGGCCAAGGUAUUGACCGUCACUUCUUUGGUAUGAAGAACAUGUUAAAACCUGACGACGAAGUUCCGGAGUUAUUUAAAGAUCCCUUGUUUCAGUAUUCAUGUACCUGGUUGGUGUCAACCAGCCAGUUGUCUUCUGAAUAUUUUGAAGGCUACGGCUGGUCUCAAGUCAACGAAAAUGGUUUUGGUUUGGCAUACAUGUUGAACAAUGACUGGAUGAACAUCAACAUCGUUACAAAACCAAAGAAGUCUGGCUACGAUGUAAAUGAAUUCCACUACUGUCUAACCCAAGCUGCCAAUGAGAUGUACGAAUUGCUAUCCAGGGAGGCUCAGUCAAAGGCUAAAUUGUAG